GCAAAGUUUUCUGCUUUUUUAAGACAAAACAGAAGUUCUCCACCGUUAGAUCUUCCAAACUCAUUGGAGAAUCAAAUUCACUCGUCCUUGUCCACUGUUUGCCUUUCCAACAAUCAGAGCCAGGGAUUUGAGAGAGAGAGAGAGAGAGAAGAACAGAGCAUCUUGUGCUGUCCAUUCCAUUAGACAUCCAGAAAAGAAAUCAGAAAAAAUGCAAACUUUGCUUGAGUUUCUGUCAAUUCCUGAUUCGGUUUCUUGUGUGUUUGCAACCUGCUUUAAGAAAUGGUAAUGGGGAAUGCCAGUGGUAUCAGAGAUGGUGGAGAAGGCCCUUCUCGCGUUAACAACUUUGAAGAGUACAGUGAUGGAUAUUUAGAAGAAUCCAUGGCUCAGACUCCAUCUCUUUUAUUCACUUCCCAAUAUCCUGGGGAACCUUUACCAAGACCUACCGAGGCAUUACCGCAACAUAUAGUAUUUAAUCGUAAUGUACACGAUGAGAAAUUGAUGCGGGCGAAGAUCUCAUGGAAUCACGGUGGCGGGCAAGUUGCUAUCACAGGAUCAUGGGACAAUUGGGAGACCAGGGAGCUCUUGCAGAGUAUAGGCAAUGAUUUCUUUAUCAUAAAGUUGCUUCCAUCAGGUCUCUACCAAUACCGAUUCAUUGUUGACGGGUGUUUGAUGUGUGCUCCAGACUUGCCGUGGGUUUACGAUAAUUCUGGGAGUGCGUAUAAUAUCUUGGACUUGCAGGAAUGUAUUUCAGAAUUGCCUCAGCAUCUGGAAAAGUUCGAACCUCCUCCAUCUCCACCUUCAAGCUACGACAACAGACUCUUAAGCGAAGAUGAUUUCAGUAAACCUCCGCUGGAAGUACCCCCACAACUACAAGAAUCAUUUCUAAACAAGCCAUCAUCCUCCAACAACGGUGACCAGUCAUUACCAAUGCCUCGUCCUUCACAAUUGAACCAUUUGCACAUACAGAACCAAAUUGGCGGCGAGUUUUUUGCACUCAGCGCUACACGUAGGUUUCAUACAAAGUUUGUCACAACGGUGUUAUACAAGCCACUGAGAAGAACAAAUCAGUAAUUUUUUGUAUCUUUAUUUUGUGAGGAGAAAAUAUUUCAUAGAUGUAAUAUUGUUUAGAAGAUUGCUGUGACUUACUAGGGUUGAGAAACAGUUCAUGUAACCCAUGAAAUUUGGACGGUUUGCCAAAAUGUAAUGGAAGUGUUCGUUUUGUA